AUGAAGGGAACUAAUCAUAAGGGAGGAGUUCUUAAGGACAUGUGCAACCAGUUAGUUAAUGAAGAGGCUGUCAGAUUUGUGUACAAGAACAACUACAGUUCUGGCGUGAAGAUCUUCAACAUCUACAUAACUUUCGGCGGCACCAAUUGGGGUAACCUUGGAUAUAUGGGCGGGCAUACAUUAUACGACUAUGGUGCAGCCAUCACAGAAGAAAAAGCGAUCUGGCGCGAGAAAUAUAGUGAACAGAAACUCGAGGCCAACUGCCUCAAAGUAUCUCCUGCUUACCUGACGCCAACUCCUUAUCUUGGAGCGAAUGGUACUUACGGUGCACCCUCCUCGAUAGCUGUCACUGCUCUCCUUAGAAAUGGGACGCGGACAAAUUUCUAUGUUGUCAGACAUGCCGACUUCACUUCAACCGACAACACUCAGCACACCCUCGCAUUGCCGACAAGCAUCGGCGACAUAAGAGCGCUCAGCUGGGAGGGCAUCUAA